AUGUUAUCCCCUACACAAUUGUUAAAGCGUAUAGGCGUCGGCGGGGGGCUGGUGCCCUUCUUCAAGUGUGUGUGCGUGUAUUUCGCGGCAGGUAGCGGCAUCGCACCCUCUGCUGCCGCCGUUGCUGCUAAAGUUGCGCCCAUACUGUGCCUGCUGUUGUUUGUGCUCAUACACCAUGGACCCUCCAUGCACCAAAAGCCCAACACCGCAUUUGAAGGACUCUGUUACGCUACUGCUAGGGGGUGGUACGCUCGGCGCAUCGCUCUGGGGCUGGCGCUGUCCGCGGUGGGGGACGCGUUGCUGGUGUUUCCGCAGCGGCUGGCGGGGGGCAUGGCGUGGUUCGCGGGCGCGCACGUGGCGUACAUGGCCGCGUUCGGGUGGCGGCCGCGGGCGGCGGCGCUGGGCGCGGCGCUGGCGGCGGCCACGGCCCUGUUCUGCUGCCAGCUGCGGCCGCCGGCGGAGCUGCGCGUGGCGGUGCCGGCGUACUCGGUGCUGCUCGGGGGGAUGGCGUGGCGGGGCGCGGCGCGCGGCGGCACCAGCGCGGCGGGCGCGCUACUGUUCCUGCUCUCAGACGCGAUCCUGUCCUACAGCCUCUUCGCCGGCCCCGUACCGUACAAACAGGCGGUGGUGAUGUCGACGUACUACUUGGGCCAGUUGGGCAUAGCGGUGAGCGUGCUCGACCACCGCCGCAUACACGGACACUAA